CCUGGCAGCCAAGCACAGCGGCACCUUGCUCUGCCACCAGCACUGCCUUUAAAAGCAAAGGGGGUGGCUCUAGUUUGAACUCCCUGCCUUGGGUUUGGGUGCAUCUUCCCAUACUUGAUAUGGAUGCAUGUUGGGUACAGGUUUAUAAUGAACGUGGGGAGGGAGCAGGGGGUAUUCAGUCAAUCAGCUCAGCCAGCGGAUGGAACUUGCCAGGUGGAGAGGCAGGGGCUGGACAGGACCAUCAGCCUGGACUCGGUGGACGGCGUGCCAGCUGCAGCCAUGGAGCAAGGGGGCGAGCUGACAGUGGCUGAGCGGUUGGGCGCCAACCUGCAGGCGUACCGGGCAUUCCAGGUGCUGCUGGGCGAGGUCCUGGAAGAGCAGAGGUCUCACCUGACCCCGCUGGACACAGACUUCCACGCCUCCAUCCAGUCCGUCCUGCUGCAGGUGGCGGCCCUGGCCUACCAGCUGGAGGAGCUGCUGGCGCUGCUGGGUCACGGCAGGCCAGCCUGGGAGGCAGCCGGCCCCGAGGACCCGGCCCAUCGCAGCUUGUUCGAGAUGAAGCUGCGGGGGCUGAAGGUGCUGCAGGAGCUGGCUCACUGGACUGUGCGGUCCGUGCGAGACCUGCGCCAGGUUGCCAAGCACAGCCAGGGCUCUGGCACUGCCCACGGGGGCCAGGCCCAGAAGGAAUGAGGCCGCCUGCCUCCCUGCCACUGGGGUAGAUGGGGCCUCCCCAUCCCCCCUCCCUUCAGCAAGGCAAGAGCUGGUGGGGGGGAGGGGUCUCCAACCCAAGGGCCAGGUUUAGGCUCUGGCACAGGCAGACAUCCUGCUCAGCCUCCCCCAGACAACAUGGCCAGCUGGGCCAGAGGAGGGACCUAUUCCCAAACCACCCAGCUGGCUUGGGGCGGGGGAGGGGGGCAGGCAUCAAGCAGCCACUGGCCAGCGCCAUAAGGGCUAAUGGGCUGCUGUGGCAAGAGGUGGGAUGGCCAGAUGGGGGAGGGGGGCUCAAAUCCCCGAUGUGCCAGCUCUGGCCAUUCCCCCCUCCUCUUUGGAUAGGAAGGUGGGCUGGCGCUGGCGCUGGCUCUGGGGUGGCUCAGCCGAGGGCAGGGGAGUUGAGGGAAGGUGGGGGAAGAGUACGUGUGUGGCGAGAGGGGGACAGGAGGCGGCUCCCGACUCCCACUUCUCAGCUUAGAAGCUGAUGGCCCCACUUGCUUGCUGUGGGGAGGGAGCUGUGACGCGUCUGGAGCCCAGAGCAGCUCCUGAGGGGUGGGGGCAGGGGCUGCCCUGCUGGGAAGAGGAGGCAGGGCCGCUGCAGGGAUCCCCCACAU